AUGAGCAUGCGUUUCCGAAAGUCCAUUUUGCUGCCACUUGCUAUUUUCGCUGCUUGCUGCAGCACCAACACAAUGGCUGAGCGUCGACUUCGGUCCGACUAUCAAGUUCAAAUUGAAAAGGAGAAUCAAAGCAGCGGCCCUCCCACAGGCGCCGUGGGCCUCACUGAAUUGCAGGAAAUGGACCCAGAAGAAGUGAAAAAGCAGAUCAGGGAGGUCGCCAUUAAACUGCCCAUUCCUCCGGGUUUCACAGUUGACUCGAUCGUCGAACUCUCUAUGGCGAGUUUAGGCAAGUCUAAAGACAAUCCCCAGUUCGCUGCAAAGUUGCAGAAGCAGACAGACGAGGUGAAGGAGAAGAUGCAGAAGCGGGGGAUCACGAAGAUCGAGGAUCUCGCCACGAUAGAGAAGAAGGCGGACACGGAAGACGAGAUUGGCGGUGCGAAGUAG